AUGACGGACUCGAAAUACUUCACCACCACAAAGAAAGGGGAGAUAUUUGAGCUGAAAGCUGAACUGAACAGCGACAAGAAGGAGAAGAAGAAGGAGGCCGUCAAGAAGGUGAUAGCGUCCAUGACUGUCGGCAAAGAUGUCAGCGCUCUCUUCCCAGACGUGGUGAACUGCAUGCAGACAGACAACCUGGAGCUGAAGAAGCUGGUCUACCUCUACCUGAUGAACUACGCCAAGAGCCAGCCGGACAUGGCCAUCAUGGCAGUCAACACCUUUGUGAAGGACUGCGAGGACCCAAACCCUCUGAUCCGGGCUCUGGCUGUCCGGACCAUGGGCUGCAUCCGUGUGGACAAGAUAACGGAGUAUCUCUGUGAGCCCCUGCGGAAGUGUCUGAAGGAUGAAGACCCUUACGUGCGCAAGACGGCAGCCGUCUGCGUAGCAAAGCUCCAUGACAUCAAUGCCCAGCUGGUGGAAGACCAGGGCUUCCUGGACACCCUUAAAGACCUCAUCUCGGACUCCAACCCCAUGGUAGUGGCCAAUGCUGUAGCGGCUCUCUCUGAAAUAGCUGAGUCUCACCCGAACAGUAACCUCCUGGACCUCAACCCCCAGUCCAUCAACAAGCUGCUCACGGCCUUGAACGAGUGCACCGAGUGGGGCCAGAUCUUCAUCCUGGACUGUCUGGCAAAUUACAUGCCCAAGGAUGACCGGGAAGCCCAGAGCGUUUGUGAGCGGGUGACGCCCCGGCUGUCCCAUGCCAACUCGGCGGUGGUGCUCUCGGCGGUGAAGGUGCUGAUGAAGUUCAUGGAGAUGCUGUCGAAGGACCUGGAUUAUUAUGGCACGCUACUAAAGAAGCUGGCCCCGCCACUGGUCACCCUGCUCUCUGCAGAGCCCGAGCUGCAGUACGUGGCUCUCCGCAACAUCAACCUCAUCGUGCAGAAAAGACCCGAGAUCCUGAAGCACGAGAUGAAGGUGUUCUUUGUGAAGUACAACGACCCCAUCUACGUCAAACUGGAGAAGCUGGACAUCAUGAUCCGCCUGGCUUCCCAGGCCAACAUUGCUCAGGUGCUGGCAGAGCUGAAGGAGUACGCCACGGAGGUGGACGUGGACUUCGUAAGGAAGGCGGUUCGAGCCAUCGGCCGCUGUGCCAUCAAGGUGGAGCAAUCGGCCGAGCGCUGUGUCAGCACCCUGCUCGACCUUAUCCAGACCAAAGUCAACUACGUGGUGCAGGAGGCCAUCGUCGUCAUCAAGGACAUCUUCCGCAAGUACCCUAACAAGUAUGAGAGCGUGAUCGCUACCCUCUGUGAGAACCUCGACUCCCUGGACGAGCCUGAAGCCCGGGCUGCCAUGAUCUGGAUCGUGGGAGAGUACGCCGAGCGGAUUGACAACGCCGACGAGCUGCUGGAGAGCUUCCUGGAGGGCUUCCACGAUGAGAGCACCCAGGUUCAGCUGCAGCUGCUGACAGCCAUCGUGAAGCUGUUCCUGAAGAAGCCCACCGAGACGCAGGAGCUGGUGCAGCAGGUGCUGAGCCUGGCCACGCAGGACUCCGACAACCCCGACCUGCGGGACCGUGGCUACAUCUACUGGCGCCUGCUCUCCACUGACCCGGUGGCCGCCAAGGAGGUGGUGCUGGCGGAGAAACCCCUCAUCUCUGAGGAGACAGAUCUCAUCGAGCCGACGCUUCUGGAUGAGCUGAUCUGCUACAUCGGGACCCUGGCCUCUGUCUACCACAAACCUCCCAGCGCCUUCGUGGAGGGGAGCAGAGGGGUUGUGCACAAGAGCUUGCCCCCUCGAACGGGCUCGUGAGUAUCUCUGCCUCCCCAGGGUGAGUCCCCACCCUGUGCUGGACUUCCAGGGCCGGCUCCGUGUGGUGAACAGGUCGGGCCUGCCACGGCCACGCACGGCACCGUGCAGAGCUGGCUGUGUCCGCUGUGCUCGGAGCUGAGCUGAGGCCCCCGCUUCCCGCGGGGAGGUUCCCCUGUAGGAGCAGGGCUGUAUGGAUUCAAUACUGUNNNNCUCCUCGGGGGUGGCUUGGACAGCCUGAUGGGGGACGAGUCGGAAGGGAUGGGUGGCGGUGGCAGCUUUGCACCAGCACCCAGCACCGCGAUGCCCACAAACCUGGGGGCACCCCUCAGCAGCGGCCUGGGAGACCUCUUUGACCUCACCGGUGGGGUGGGGACCCUGUCGGGAUCCUACGUGGCACCCAAAACGGUCUGGCUCCCUGCCAUGAAAGCCAAGGGGCUGGAGAUCUCCGGCACCUUCAGCCGGCAGGUUGGCUCCAUCUCCAUGGACCUCGUGCUAACAAACAAAGCCCUGCAGGUCAUGUCCGACUUCGCCAUCCAGUUCAACCGCAACAGCUUUGGCCUCGCCCCAGCAGCUCCUCUCCAGGUCCACGCACCUCUCGCCCCCAACCAGUCCGUGGAGAUCUCCCUUCCGCUGAACACCGUCGGCUCUGUCAUGAAGAUGGACCCCCUGAACAACCUCCAG